GGGCCGCGAAGCGAGUAACAACCCUCCGCAUACAUUGCCCCUACAAUUCUGUACACCAUCCUCCCAAGAUCUCGGCUCCUGCAUGUUCCUCUGGUCAUUCGUUAACUCAACAUCAUUAUCAUGAGUUCCAACUUCACAUGAGGCAACAACCAGUGCAUGCGACCACGCAGAAGAUAAACGCGCGACACCCUCGUCUUUCGGCAAAACAGUCCCGAUGACUGCGCUCGUUGCGCGUCAGCCGCUACACCCUUUACCAAUGUCCACAACUCAGAGACCGACUCGACGACUAAGUGCGCGACUCCACGAUAGAAAUGACGCGCUCGGCUCUUCAACAGCGGCGCAGGUUAAUGGAGAGGCCAAGACAGGAGGAAGCACGACCGGUGCCGUGCAAAUACAGACAGGAAGAGGGGGGCACGGGAAGAAAAGGAAAAUCGACUACGAUGAAGAGGAUGACGGCUUCGUGUUCAAACGCGUCAAAUCGAAAAACCCCGAGCUGAAACCCGUGGCAGAAGAGGAAAAAAUUGAACGAACACAACCAAAGGAGCCUGCGCCAGGACCAAAAGAGGAUGCACCGCAGCAGCGAAAGGAGGAAGAACCGAAACUUCAACCCAAGAAAAGGAAAAUCAGAUUAUCAUUUUCCACCCCCAAUUCGAAGGAACAACCGCCAGUGCGCCGCUCGAAACGACUCUCUCGUGAUAAUGAGCAGCAAGAUGGCAGUCCCUCUAGGACGACACGACCCAAGGACGGGAGGAGACCAAAAGAGGAGGAGUCUGAGAGACCCCAGGGAGCUGAGUCAAAUAUCCAACAAAAACUAGUCAAGAAGAAUCCGAAGGCAUCGCCAAAUAAAUCCAAGGAGGUGUUGCCUGUCGAAGUUCUCAAAGGAGCCGAGAAAGAGAAGCCGGCUCAGGUCAACGGAGAUAUUCCUCGAGCGAUACGCACCGAGCAGCAGGAGACAAUACCUACGCUGGACGAAGACCAUUCGGCAACAAAGAUUGCCUUACCGUUCGCCGACACACCGGUCAUCAAGCGCAAUAAGGCUAUGCGUGAAGGGAAGGCUGGAAAGGGCGAGAGAAGGAGUAGCUUGGGAUUCCGAGGACGGAGGGCUAGCUCCCUGAUUGAAAAUGGUAAUUCUAAUGCUCUCCCGCAUAAAGAAGUGGAGAUUCCAGACUUCUACAAGCACAUCGAAAGUGAAGGCCUGCCAGAACCCCGAAGGAUGAAGCAGCUCCUGACCUGGUGUGCAACUCGUGCCCUGGAUGAGAAGCCCAUUGGAACGGACUUUGAGGAUUCCAGCGCAAGAUCAGCUGCCCGAGUGAUUCAAGAGGAGCUAUUGAAAGAUUUAGCAAACGAGUCAAAACUAUCAGAUUGGUUCAGCCGCGAAGAUGUACCCGUGCAAAAGCAGCCUUUGCCAGAGCGACCGAAUCCCAAGAAUGUUCAGAAUAUCGAGAAGAUCGAGGAGCUGGAAGAACAAAUCAAGCGACUUCGGGCAGAAAAAGAAGCGCUGGGAAAUCUACUUGGAACACCAGCCGUACCCAGUUCACGGCAGGUCCAGAGUUCACUGCUGUCAAACGACCAGAACUUAGACCAAACACUGUUAUCCGAGACAGACAUUGCAGCACUCGACAGCCUUCCAAGAAGCGCAACUUCAUCCGAUCGAAUAUCGCAAAGUAUCAAUGGCCUGUACGACUCGUUAGGCCCGACAAUCGACAAAUUUGCAGACGGCAUUCACACGAUCGGUCAAUAUUGUCAAGCAGCAGAUAACGUGGCUAGUAGAGCGUUGGCGAUAUGUGCUGAAAGGCUCUCACAGCGGGAGAAAGAAGGCAGGAAGCGAGCUUUGCCCGAAGCACAAGGCACGCCGCCAAAAGAUUUAGGUGGUGUGUUGCGCAGUUUGAGUAGGGCGGACAGAUGACGACCUGGAGAUGUCGGACCCGCUGUGGGUGUUUCUAUAUGAAUGAAUGCUUGAUGAACUUGUUUCGAGUGAGACAAGCCUUUAUAAUUUCUGAAUGU